AGGCUCAUCCGAUUGUCUAGAAAUCAUGAAUACCGCAUUCUCAAAGUAUGCGCGCAAGGCCACAAUCCGGCGCGAGAGAUCGCCGUCUCCGAGCACUUGAAGAACAGCCCCGACCAUCCAGGCAAGGCUCUCGUCCGGCUGGUUCAGGACUCCUUCGCCGCGACUGAGCCCCAUGGGGGCCAGCAGCAUAUGUGUCUGGUGUACAAGCCCUGCGGCAUGAACAUGACCAAGUACAUGAACGGUCGCACGCUGCCCCCGGAGCUAGGGCAGCGGAGUCUGCAGCUUACACUCAUCGCGUUGUCGUUUCUCCACACGAACAAGACGGUUCACACGGACGUCUCGCCCAACAACAUACUGCAGAAAAUCGAUGAUAGCUCCAUGCUGUCGGCGAUCGAAGAGGAAGAGAUGACGCAGCCCAGCGCCCGAAAAGUCCUGGAUGAUCGGACGAUCUACCGCUCUCGAUCGAUGCCUGCUUGCGAAGGGUUGCCGGUUCUCUCGGAUCUCGGGGAAGCCAGGUUCGGCCGCCAGCGAUAUACAGGAGACAUCAUGCCUGGGAUCUACCGCGCACCGGAGAUCAUUCUGGGGAUGGAGUGGGACAACGAAGUAGAUAUUUGGUCUGUUGGUGCCAUGGCGUGGGAUCUGCUGCAGGACGAGCAUCUGGUCUGCGGGAAAAGACACGGGGUCCUGUGCAAUGAGCAGCAUCUCGCCGAGCUGGUCUCGCUGAUGGGGCCGCCUCCUCCCGAAUUCAUCAAGAGGAGUGAUAAGUGCCACCGAUACUUCGAUGAGCAAGGUAACUGGAAGGGGUCCAUACCCAUACCGCACCAAAGACUAGAAAUGCGAGUCCAGCACUUUCGGGGUGACGACAAGAGGCUCUUUUCGAACUUCCUUCGGCGAAUUUUCCGCUGGUUGCCUGAGGAGCGGCCCACAGCAGAGGAACUGGCCCGUGAUGAGUUUCUGAUGCAGCCGAUCCUGGCCGCGAGGAACAAGGACUAGUAGUACAGGCAGUUUGGUUCUUUAUUAGAAAGCAGAUCUCGUUCAAGAAUUAUGUCAGGGAUUAAUACGUGGUCGCUGAGCGAGGUUCUCCUAACAGGAUUUCAAAUUAAAUGCGUGGGGUAAUCUGAUACAGAGUUCACCAUAGGUACUGUAAGUUACCGGAAGUUCUGUUGUUCGCUAGGCC